AUGCCAGCAAUACCUCAACCAACUUCAUCAUCCCGAGCCAAGCACUUCCGACCCCCUGAUCCAAAUCAUGCUCCUCGAGACCUAUCUUCCCAUCGUCCCAGUAAUGCUCCCAUCCCGGAACCAUCCCCGAAAAUCAUCUCUUCUAAAUCCCAUAGGGAACAUCAUAUACCUCGACGAUUCAUCGGUUCCAUUCCUCAGAAAACACUCAAUUCUAAUGAAGUAGUAGAGAAGAGAAGGAGAUUGAGUGAAUUGAAGAGGAGUGCCAUUUCCCAUUUACCCUUCUUCGGAGAAGCCAACGGUAGCAAUAGAGAUGGGACGAGCUUUAUAGGAUCUGAUUCCCAUGGAGAAGCGGAUGAGAGACAUUUGAUUAGAGAGGCUGCUAGACGCAUCAAGAUUAGGAGAAGAGAUAGGAAUGGUGAAGAGUUUGAACAACAUUUGGAACUGGAUCCGGAGACUCCCCUCGAGGAUGGAUCGAAGGGAAAGACUGGAAGUAAAGGGAAAGGAAAGGAUAUGUGGUCAGGUGAGAGUUUUGAUAUAGGAAGGGAAUUCUUGGGUACAAUAGUAGAUGAUCAAGAAGAAGAAGAAGAACCACCACCGCCUAAAUCAACAACACAAGAAAAGGGGAAAGAGAAAGAGCAACGGAAACCUAUCAGACCUACAGUAUCAACACGUACAACUCAGGAUUCAUUCGUUACUGCUCGAACGGAAUUCACAUCUUUGUCUACCUCCGAAGGUAAUACUUCGAAAUCAACCUUAGCUUUGGACGAAGGACAUGGAGAUGUGGAUAUAGGAUAUCAGGUAACUCCUCAACCUUCUCUAGGUGACAAUCCCGAUUUAGAUCAGGAAGAAGGAGAUAGAAGCAAGAUAAGGAAUUCACAAUCAUCCUCUAUUCAACCUCUCAUCUCUGAAAAUGCCAUAACAGUAACAUCAACGCAUGACGUUUUGGAAGAACCGUCCACCCUGGGUACAAGUACGAUCAAACCGUCGCCUAAGAAAAUAAAAUCUAAUGAAGGUAUAUCAACCAAGCUCAAAUCGGCAUUGCGAAGACCAUCUAAUGUUAAGUUAGAUAUCACCUCAACCAAAUCUGCUCAAGGAAACAACUCAUCUUCUUCAACCGUAUUUGCGGUAGGUAAACAAGGUAAAUCGAAGAGUGUACAAUUUCCUUUAGAUCCCACUCAACCUACUUCGAGUCUGAAAAGGUUAGGAAGAGUUCAAGAAGGGAAUGAGAGUGUACAAGGUGAUAGGGAUCCGGUACAUCCGAUGAAAGUACUUGAACGAACUGGUCAAGAAGCGGAAGGAACGAGUCAUCAAGCUGUUGAAAUCGCUUUGGAGGAGGAAGAGGAAGAUUGGGAAGAGGUGAAAAGGCCUGGAGAAGUGAUAUUGAGAGAUCGGAUGAUUGUCAGAGUCGGAUAUCAUAGGGAAGAUAAGUUACCAGGGUUUGACGAAGCUGCUCAGCGCCGGAACCCUUGUGCUCGACUUGACCCUCUCGAAGAAUACAUAGUAAUUUACCGCAAGAAUCAAAUCGAGUUAUAUUCCAAUUACAACUACCCCUUCCAAGAGAAGAUCGUAGGUCAUAAACAUCUGGCAUUUGUCAUUCCACUCAUACCUCAUCGAACCAGCUUAUCCAUAUUCAAUCCUGAGGACGUCACUUUAUGCUUGACGACGUCGGUGUAUAAGCUUCAAGAUGAUGUGUCGUACUUGAUGAGGAGCAAUUCGAGUCGGUUAGGGGAUAUGCGAAAUCGAAUCAAACAAUCUAAGCAGAUCCAGUGGCUCAAAGGUCAUAACAAAGGUAGUCAGGUAUUUAUAAUGAAGUUGGGUGAAAGAUCAAGAUCUCUCGAUUGGUAUUGGGAAAUAUGGAAAGAAUUAAAUACAAAUGGUGAAGAAGGUUUACCUGAUAGGUUCGAUAUUCAAAUUCCAUCUUUAUCAACUUCCAUUAGAUUGUUUACGAACCCCACUGGAGAUGAUGAGUAUGAUCCACUUGGAAGUACCAGUCAACUAGAGAAAUUCGAGAAGACCAAAGUGAUUGAAACGUGUUGGAAAAUGUUACUUGACUCUGACCUGAAUGUCGAAGACCUAAAGAGACAAAGUGAAUCUGCUUCGACAUCGAAAGGGCAAUUGGAUCUUCAAUUGGUAUGGAAGAAUCAGAAGAAUGGGAAUUUAGAUUGGAUAGCUUAUGGUGAUACGGUACAAGGUAAGAAAAGAGGUUGGAAUUUGUUAUCUGGUUUAGCAAGGGCCCAGGGUGAAACUACUUGUCGUGAUUUACAAUUGAGAUCUGCAAGACAUCGACCUAGCUUGAUCAAGUUGGAAGAUGGUACUUCACUUGAAGAACCGCCAGGUAUAGAAGGGUAUCUUACGAGACACAAAGAUGGUUCGACAAAGGAACAGGUGUAUAUAUCGUCUCAUGAUGGUAACAUCUUCGUAGGAAAUAUGAAAGAAGCUCGACCACCUCUCCCACCUUCCAAAGAAAGUUCAACUCCAUCCGAACUAUUUCCGGAAUUAUACAAGACUUUCAUCGAUGAAGAACAUCGUAGAAUGGCUAGUUUCCUUGCACGUUGUUCGGGAUGUAUCGACUUAAGAGAUAUAGUAUCUAUCAAGAUCCUACCUGAUAAGACCAAACAUCAACACCAACCCCGACCUUCGAUGCCUCAAGAGCCAUACGGUAGGACGUUCGAAGUUGAAGUGAACACCGGUGGGAAUGUCAGACUUGAGGCUCAGUCUCCUGAACUAGCCAAGGAAUGGGUAGAUAACUUGAGGGGGUUGAAGAAGUAUUGGGAGAGAAGACAUCGUGUUGAUGCCAGACAACGCAUGGACGUUAUUACCCUUCAUUCUCGCGAGAAUCCAUUCACAGGUACGGAACUAUCGAAUGAAUCGGAUGAUUUCCUCUCUGAGGUAUGGGAUUGGUGUGUCAUCAAGGGAUGUAGGAGUAUAACUGUAUCUGGGAGGUUGUUCAUGAGGAAAGAUAAAUGGGAUAAAUUCAGAUCCAAGUAUAUCGUCCUCUCCGGCGGUACUCUAAUAUCUUUCAAAAUCAAGAAGAAGAAUGCGUUCCAUACGAGAAAAAAGAGGUAUCCCUUGUUCGGAGCAUACGUUUACUCAGGCAUGCUAGCGCUAGAUGAAAUACCCUCCACUUCAUCAUCGGACGCAUUCACCUCGGAAUCUAGGGUGUAUCAAGAUGGUCUUCAAUCAUCGGACGGUGCGGAAGAUACUACCUUCUGCGUAAGGUUGACUAGUCCUUCAUCGUCCAAAAAGGAGAAAGGCUGGGGGAAGAAAGUCACUCAACCUUGGGAAAAUCAAGAUCUGGUUAAAGAUCAGAAUUUCUUACCUCCCGAUUUAUCAAAGAGACCAAGUCAAUUGUUGAUCUUUCGGGCGAGAUCCAAGCUCGAGAGGGAUCGAUGGGUCUGGGCGAUUAAUGCAGAGAUGGAAAGACAAGUGAGAUCACACGUAAAACAAGAAGAGAUAUUGAGGAAUCAUGGGAUUGUACCUGACAGGUGGUGA